AUGGAAGAUGUUAAAAUGAAUGAAGUUAAAGUAGUUGAACAACCAAAAGAAGAGUCAACAUUAGAAACAACCACUGCAACUAAUAAAACAUCAGUAGAUGAAACACAACAAAAAGAAAAAGAAAAUAAUGAAACUAAAGAACAAUCAAAUAUUGUAACAGUUAUUGAAAAUUCAGCAACAAUUUUAUAUAAUAAUCAAAAUGAAGUAUUUUAUAAUCCAGUUCAAGAAUUUAAUAGAGAUAUGUCAAUUUUAAUGAUUAAAUUAUUCAUUGAAGAGAGAAAGAAAGAAUGUUUAGAACGUGGUAAACCAUUUAAAAAGAUUAGGGUUUUAGAGGCAUUGGCAGCUACUGGAUUAAGAUCAAUUCGUUAUGCUAAAGAGAUUGGAGAUGAUUUGGAUUAUAUUUUAGCCAAUGAUAUUUUACAAACUGCUGUGGAUUCAAUCGUAAAGAAUAGAGAAUACAAUGGUGUACCAGAGGAACGUAUUAAACCAAAUCUAGGUGAUGCCACAAUGGUAAUGAUGGAGAAUAGAACACAUAGUAAACAAUACGACGUCGUCGAUGUCGAUCCAUACGGCGCACCAACCCAAUUUUUGGAUAGUGCAGUCCAAGCGGUUGCAGAUGGUGGUUUGCUAUGUGUCACCGCCACUGAUACCGCUGUAUUAUGUGGUAGUUAUCCAGAGGCUUGUUUUCAUAAAUAUCAAAGUGUGCCAGUUCAUCGUGCUGGUUUUUGCCAUGAGAUGGGCUUGCGUAUUCUUCUACACUCAAUUGAACAACAUGCCAAUCGUUACAAAAGACACAUUGUACCAAUACUCUCCCUAAGUGUAGAUUUCUAUGUACGUGUGUUUGUUCGUGUCUAUUCUUCACCAUUGGAGGCCAAGAAAGCCCUCUCAAAGAUGGCCAAUAUUUUCAGUUGUAUUGGUUGUGGUAGUUUUCAUAUUCAACCAACUGGUGUGGUAAAAGAGGAGGGCAAUUCCAUCAAAUACAAAGUACCACUAUUGAAUAAAGAGGUGGGCUCUCAUUGCCAACAUUGCACCAAACAAUACCAAUUCGCCGGUCCAUUUUGGGCUAAAAGAAUCCACAAUGUUGACUUUUGUAAACAAGCUAUAUCCUUCCUCGAGAAGAAUCCAACAACUUUCAAUACCUCUCGUCGUAUGUAUGGUGUUUUAACAUCGGUUAUCGAUGAAUUACCAGAUCAAAUGUUUUAUUUCAAAUCUGAUCAUUUCACUCAUACACUUCAUUUAUCAACUCCACCAACUGCAAUGAUCAAAAGUGCAAUCUUAAAUGGUGGUUACAAAGUUAGUUCCUCUCAUGUUUUACCAUCAAUUAAAACCGAUGCACCAUUUCAAUUCCUUUGGGAUAUCUUUAGAACCUAUGCAAAGGAUCAUCCUCCAAAAAAUCUUGGUCCAGAUUCACCUGCCAAUCAUAUUCUAUCUCAAGAACCAAAAAAUAAAAUUGAUUUCACUAAAAAUCCAUUAGCAAAAGGUGAACAUCCUGAUGUUCCAAAAUAUUUCCCAAAUCCAAAAGAAAAUUGGGGCCCUGGUUCAAGAGCAACUGGUGGUAAAUCAACAAAAAAACGCUCCUCUGAUGAAGCAAAUGUUGGUGAAAAUAAAAAAAAUAGAAAUCAAAAUAAAAAAAAGAAAAAUCCAACUACAACAAAUUGUAUAUAUUUCAUUCAUAAUAAAUGUUUCAAAGGUGAUAAAUGUGAAUAUAUUCAUUCUAAACCAACUGAUUCAGAUCAAACUACUACUACUACUACUACUACUACUACUGAUUCAAUUGAACCAACAACAACAACCACCACAACUGCUGAUAAAUAA